AUGUCAUCGAGUGAUGAAGGUACAUCAAGAGACUGGCCAAAAAAGAAACAAUAUGUUCAUAAGUACAGAAGUGCUUGGGAAGAAAUGCCGGAAUUCAAAUGCAUCAGAAGCAGCAAAAAAGGGGAAAACUAUUUCCACUGUAUGGUUUGUGGGGACGACUACUUGGCAGGUAAAUCUGCACUAAAGAAACACAUUAAGACCACAAAACACACCAAAAAUUCAAAAUCCCAUGCUAAUUUGAUUCCCGCAAACAUGAUGCCAAGAGUCCUACAACAAAGUAGCAUAGAAAAAAAAACCAAAAGUGCCGAGCUCAGGAUCGCUAUGUUUAUAGUAGAGCACAAUAUUGCACAUCGGACAUCUGAUCAUCUGGUAAGUCUCAUAAAAACAAUAAGUUCAGAUUGUUCAGAUCCCGACAUCAUAAAUAAUAUAAAAUGUAACCGCACUAAAGCCACGGCACUCAUUAAUAAUGCUGUGGGUUCCUAUGGACAGGAAGAGUUAGUAAAAAUUAUGAAUAAUCAGUCAUUUUCGAUUUUAAUAGAUGAAUCAACUGAUAAAUCUUCUAUUAAGACCUUGGCCAUUAUAGUCAGAUUGAUGGAUAUAAAUAAAUUUAUUGUUCGUGACAAAUUUUUUAGUUUAACUGAAAUUGCUAAUGGAACGGCACAAGGAAUUUAUGAUGCAAUUAAAAAUGUCUUUGAAAAACAUACCAUACCCUAUAAGACAAAUAUGGUUGGAUUUGCCUCUGAUGGGGCUAAUACAAUGUUUGGUUCUCACCAUUCAGUGAAGACAUUGUUACAGAACGAUAUACCAGAUCUAUUUGUUAUGAAGUGCAUAUGUCACUCUUUAGCACUAUGUGCAUCAUACGCCUCAAAUAAAUUGCCUGAUUCAGUAGAAAAUUUAGUCAGGGACAUUUAUACUUAUUUUAAGUAUAGUUUCAAACGUCAGACUGAAUUCAAAGAAUUUCAAGUGUUUGUAGAAUUAAAGCCACAUAAACUCCUGCAACCUUCACAAACACGGUGGUUAUCUCUGCAUUUGUGUGUGAAAAGAGUUUUGGAGCAGUAUAGUGCUCUUAAAUUGUAA